AUGGCGGAGCUCCCACAGGCUUUCUGGACAACACUUGGAAGAGUGACACGACUUUUCUGGAAAACUGUUUUAACUCGGUGUUUUUAACAAUGCAGUAGGUCAGAGUGAAAGUUUAGUGGCGGAUGGACGAGUCCGGGGGUGUUCUGAUGGGGGAAAAGCGGCACAAUGUGAGGAUUUCGUGAAGAGAAAGGCGCUACUUUGUUUCUUUACUGGCUUCAAGUGAACAGUGUUGGGUAACAAAUAUGGCUACUGGAGUCUCUGGAGCUGCGAGAUGGAGAGAGGCUCUUAUCUGGCUUUUCAUGACACCGUCCCCUCUUCAGCUCGGUUUAUAGUGUCAUCUGGAGGAAGGUGCUGGAAGGGAGGCUUCUUUUAUGUGGUUCUGGCUGUAGGUCCAGGAAAGGCCGGGUUGGAGGAGAAGAGAUGGACCCCAAGCAGAAGGAGCUGAUGGAGGAGUGGAGCCACAGACUGGUGGAAGGGGAGCAAGUCGUGGACAGAGGGUCUACAUACAGCGUUCUCUCCGCCAUGCCCUCCGACUCGGAGAGCAGCAGCUCCCUCAGCAGCCUCGCAUCAUCUCCUCCUCCUGCUCAUGUGGAGAAGCGCAUGGUGAGUGAGAAGCUGGACUCUGUGGUCCUGCAGUUGAGGCAGGUGACCCGCGAGAGAGAUGAACUGCGCAAGCGGCUCGCCCUUUCAUCACCCGGAACCACCUUCGACGACUGCAGGCCGAGUGUGAAAUCAGCUCACGAUUACGAGCGUCUGAAGCUGCAGUGCAUGAAGGCCAUGGCGGAUCUGCAGUCUCUACAGAACCAACACACACAGACGCUGAAGAAGUGUGAGGAGGCCAUGAAGGAGGCAGAUUUCUACCAUACUCUGCAUGGCCGUGUAUUGGAUGAACAGGCUGGUUUGAGGGCGGAACUUGAUGCGGUUCGGCAGGAGUACACACAGCUCCUGCACACCUGUGACCACCUGCGCCGUAUCCAUGACGACGAUCAGAGGGAGGUGGCCGACAUGAGGCUGCAGCAACAGGUGCUGAGAGAGAGCAGCUCCUCAGAUGUGGUCAAUAAGCUCUACGACGCUGCGAUGGAGAAGCUGGAGGCUCUGAGGAAAGAGUACGACGCUCUACAGAAACGAUACACCGAGAAAACAGCCUGCCAGAGCGCAGACGCCGGCCGACUGGAGCAGCUGGAGGCAGAGAACCGGAGACUGCAGAAACAGCUGGAUACGCUUCUCAAACAGAGAGAAAUCAACACGCACCCGCAGCAGCAAUACUCCACCAGGAGGUUAGAGACGGUUCAGCAGGACUUCAGUAAGCUGAGCGUGGAGAACAGUGACCUGCAGAGAGAAGUGGAGCGUCUGCAGGCGGAGGUGACCCGCUAUAAGAGCGUCCAGCUGAGAGCGGUGCAGGACGCUGAACGGCUCAGAGAAGAGAGGGAUUCUGUGUUAAACGAGUACCGGCUGAUCAUGAGUGAGAGAGAUCAGGUGAUUAAGGAGGUGGAGAGGCUGCAGACGGGGCUGGAGGCGGCCGAGGCCAAGCUGAAGAACACAUCCAGCGAGAGGAGGGUGGCUACUGAGGAGCUGGAGGCACUCAGACAGGAGUUGGCGUUGGCUCUGUUGGACCGGGACCGUGCGAUAUGUGAGCGUGCAGACCUGCUGGAGAGAUACAGUCACGAGGUUCAGGACAAAGCGGAGACACAGAAGGAGCUGUCUCAGGCGUGUAAAGACAUCGAGACGGCGAGAGAGGAGAGAGACGUCGCCCGAAAGGAGAGGACAGAGGCCAUCAUACAGAGAGACCAGCUACUGUGUGAAUAUUACCAGGCCAGACAGAAGCAGGACAGUGCGACGGUGGAUAUGGAGCGAGUAUCUAAGGAGAUCGAGAUUCUGAGGAAGCAGUGUGAGGCCGUAUCUCAGGAGCUGAAGGAGGCGGUUCAGGAGGCCGAGGUGGCGAAGUGUCGCAGAGACUGGGCCUUUAAAGAGAGAGACAAGAUCGUAGCCGAGAGAGAGAGUAUUCGGACUUUGUGUGAUAAUCUGAGGAGAGAGAGAGACCGUGCGGUCAGCGAUUUAGCGGACGCUCUGCGUAACCUUGACGACAUGCGGAAACGAAAGAACGAAUUGUCGAGAGAGCUGAAGGAGCUGAAAGAGCGUUUGGAGGAGGAGCAAGACAAGGAAGCACGGUACCAACAACUGAUGGCUCACAACUCCCACGAUUCAGCCAUCGACACAGACUCUCUGGAGUGGGAGACGGAGGUGGUGGAGUUUGAGAGGGAGAGUGAGGACAUGGAUUUGAAGGCUUUGGGAUUUGACGUGGCAGAAGGGGUGAAUGAUCCAUAUUUACCCGGGGAUUGCGGGAUAUUUGUGACAAAGGUGGACAAAGGAAGUGUGGCAGAUGGAAGGCUACGAGUGAAUGACUGGUUGUUGAAGAUAAACGAUGUGGACUUGGUGAAUAAGGACAGGAAGCAGGUGCUGAAAGCGGUGCUGAAUGGGGGCGGAGUCAUAAACAUGGUGGUCAGGAGGAGGCGGUCUCUCGGAGGAAGAAUAAUCACACCUGUCCAUCUGAAUCUCACGGGGAGUAAAGACAGUGGACUCGUGCUGGAGAGCGGCAUGUACGUGGCCUCGAUCGCCCCCGGCAGCCCCGCAGCGAGAGACGCCUCUCUCUGUCCUGGAGACAGGCUGCUCGCUAUUAAUGGGAUUGCUGUGGAUAAUAAGUCUCUGAGCGAGUGCGAGGCGCUGUUGAGGGACUGUAGAGAGUCUUUGUCUCUCUCCGUCAUGAAGGUCUUCCCUCACAGUGUAUGUGGUCUUAGUCUGAGUGAGAGCGUACGAGAGUGUGAACACGGUUCUAACGGGAAAGUGCCCCCUCUGGAGGUGCACACACGCAACUGCAGGAGCCAGCCUCUCAACAGCAGCAGCACGACCCAUAGCGACAUUUACUGCGGCCAGCGGGGGGCACCAUGCCCCACAGAGACAUACCACGAGCUUUGCUACCAGCGGCCAGACCCUUCCAAACGACCCCUCACCUUCCACCCCAUAGCCUCCGGUGACGGAAUUACUGUAGAAGCGGUGCUGGAAAAGGGAAUUGCGUCUCAGAAACACAGCGGAGGCACCUGGCCAAAGGUGAUGGCGAGUGCUAUGGCAACACCAGAGGUUGCUCCGCCCCUUUCCAUCUUCAAGACACCAAAGAAACGUAAGUCGAUUUUCGACGCGGACAUUUUCAAGCGGCCGGAAACGCCUUCCAAGCUGGGAGAGUAUGUCACUUUAGCUCACGCUGGCUCCAGGCCACAGGGGGCGCUGCAGAGCCCUCCAGAGCCACCAAAACGCAGUGACUCUUUCAAAUUUAAACACAAGCAGCAGGGAAGCUCUGCCUCCGACUCCACCAUCACGACCGGCACGCCACCUGCCACGCCCGGAGGGAGGUCCGAGCUGGGGGUGGAAGGGCUCGACCGGAACGGGAACCUGCUUCAGCGGCAGAACUCGGGGGACGCUGGGACGCCCACCCCGAGAAGGGCUUGUGAUGAGGAAGUGAUGCGGCACGCGGUGGAUGAGCUGGAGAUUAGGAAAGCAAAAUCAAACUCCGCGUCGACGCAACGGCGUGCACUCACACCUCUACAGAUACCCAUACCACUCCAGGGUCAUGAUGAGGCGUGUCCGGAUGUUUCGGAUGUCGUGCGUUUCUCCCCUCAGCGCUCUCAGAGGCACAGCAUGGGCUUCUUUCCCCCAGGACACCACCCACCCUCACCCACACAUCCUCCACACAGAGCUCUGUCCCCCUGCCCUGCUUUCACCACCGUGAUGAGGAAACCAGUUUAUACAGCUUGGAGUCACUGGGUGACCAACAACAGCCCCACUGCACACCCCAGUCCGCAGCAUCAGGGUCGUCAGCGUUCGGCCGAUCUCUCUGACCAGUCCUCUCGCUCCCGCAUUCAUCACAACACUCACUCUCUGCCCUCGAGCGCGCGGCAAGGUUUGUCUCAGUAUCGAACUGAACGGAUUAAAAUCCCCUCGACGCCUCGCUACACCCGCUCCACUCAGGGUUCAGACAAGGGUUCUCACUCUGAGGGCAGCAGUCCCAGCCUGGUGACUCCGCCCCUUUCUCCUCUCAGUUCGGAUGCCGCCUCCUUCACCAGCAGCCAAUCGCACGGCUCCCUCUCCGCUCAGCCCAGACUGUCUGUCAGCCCUGCACCAAUCGGGGACAGGCGGAAAGAAAGACCUCAGCUCCAUAACAGAUCGUAUGUCAGACUCCCUCGAACGUCCCGUCUGAGGUUCUCCUCUCUACGGAACCUGAGGCCGUACACUGAGGAGCCACGUAGUGUCACUAUCCCCAAAGGGGCGGAGCCAUUAGGCAUCUCCAUUGUGGGCGGGGAGAACGGCGGGAUUUUUGUAUCCAAGGUUACAGGAGGCAGCAUCGCUCAGCGGCACAACUUGGAGUUUGGAGAUCAGCUGCUGGAGGUCAAUGGUAUAAACCUGAGAAAUGCUACAGAGCAGCAGGCUCGGCUCAUUAUUGGUCAGCAGUGUGACACCAUCACUAUACUGGCCCAGUACAACCCACACAUGUACCAGCCGGGGAACCACUCGCGCAGCAGCUCCAGGAUGGAGUCGGUCAGCGCCUGCUCUACGCCCGUCGGCAGCGGUGCUGGAACACCUGACGCUCGCUCCACCAUCGACACCCUCAGCGAACAGGACGAGGGAACCAUGACGCCUCCAUCCAAAAACACCACACCUGCAACCAGCCCCCGCAACUCAGUCCGGGGCUGGAACGAGGGCGGGAGGGCAGUGGAGCCGAGGCAUGUGACUGUGAGGAAAGGUCAUGUGGAGCUGGGGGUGAAGAUCUGUGGAGGAAACCUGACGGGCGUCUUUGUGGAGAGUCUGGAGGAGAAGAGCCCUGCAGGAGGCGCUGAUGGUCUGCAGCCUGGAGACUUUAUACUAGAGUUCUGCUCAGUGAGUCUGAGGAAUAAAACCGCGGAGGAGGCGUAUAUGGAGAUGCUGAAGCCAGCAGAGACGGUCACUCUCCGAGUGCAGAACCGGCCUGAGGACUGGAGACGCAUCAGAAACACACCUGGGGACGGUUUCUACGUCAGAGCGCUGUAUGAUCGCGUGGGUGAGUCAGAGCAGGAGCUGAGCUUUAAGAAAGACGACAUCCUCUACGUCGAUGACACGCUGCCCAGCGGAAACUUCGGCUACUGGCUGGCGUGGCAGCUGGAUGAGAGCGCGCAGAAACUGGCACGAGGGCAGAUUCCCAGCAAGUACAUGAUGGAUCAGGAGUUUCCUCGGCGCUGCAGCAUAACAGAGGGUAAAGAUGAGGGUAAAACUGUCUCUGCGGCUGCUCGCCGCUCGUUCUUCCGACGGAAACUCAAACACAAACGCAGCGGCUCCAGAGACGGAAAAGACGCUCCGGCUCCGGACUCCAUCAGCACAGACUCUAUAACGUUCACUGAGGACUGUAUAAGUCUGGCAUACCAGCGAGUGCUGAAGGUGGAGUCGACCAAUCGCAGGCCAGUGCUGGUUCUGGGGCCGCUGGUGGAGCCGAUUAAAGACAUGCUGGUCAGAGAGGCUCCUGGGAAAUACUGCCGCUGCCUUCUGGAGGUGAUGAAGGCGUCCCAGCAGGCGAUCGAGCGUGGAGUGAAGGACUGCCUCUUCAUCGACUACAAACGCAGGAGUGGACACUUCGACGUGACCACGGUGGCGUCCAUUAAAGAAAUCAUAGAAAAGGAUUGUCACUGUUUGAUCGAUAUCGCCCCUCAUGCCAUCGAGCGACUCCACAGUGUUAGCAUUUACCCCAUCGUCAUUUUCAUUCGCUACAAAAACGCAAAGCAGAUCAAGGAGCAGAAGGAUCCGGUGUAUCUGCGGGAUAAAGUGUCUCAGAAACAUUCCAAGGAGCAGUUUGAGGCGGCUCAGAAAAUGGAGCAGGAAUACAGCAAAUAUUUUACAGGUGUGGUGCAGGGUGGACCUCUCUCUUCUAUCUGCACUCAGGUGAUGGCCAUUGUGGAACAGGAGCAAAACAAACCCCUGUGGCUGCCUGAUGCUUCUGCUUAAAACUACAAUUACUGCUAAAACUACAACUCCCAUAAUUCUCUACUACAGCUCUCCAUUAACACUGUGCUGUGACUGCACAAUAACAAUGCAAAACACUCCUGUACACCACAGUUAAAGAAGAACACACUGCAAAAAGAUGGUUCUUCUAGGUCUCUUUAGUAAAGGCGGUGGUUCUGUUUAGAACCAUGAGUUCUUUAUAGAACCAUGUCAA